UAUGCCCUUCCUUUUUAAUGUUACUAAUUCCAGAUUUUUUUUUUUCCCUUAGGGGGAGCCAGGUCAAAUGGAUGAAAACCAGACAGAAUUUGUGAGAGAAUUUGUCCUAGCAGGCUUCUCCCAGACACCAGCUAUAGAGGCAGGGCUCUUCGUAUUAUUUCUCUUCUUCUAUGUGUCCAUUUGGGUGGGCAAUGUCCUCAUCAUGCUCACAGUGGUCUCUGAUAACUGCCUGAAUUCAUCACCCAUGUAUUUCCUUCUUGGCAAUCUCUCUUUCCUGGAUCUCUGUUAUUCAACUGUAACUACUCCUAAGCUUCUGGCUGACUUCCUUGAAAAUGAAAAGCUCAUUACCUAUGACCAAUGCAUUGUGCAACUCUUCUUCCUUCAUUUUGUAGGGGCAGCUGAAAUGUUCCUGCUCACGGUGAUGGCCUAUGAUCGCUAUGUUGCGAUUUGUCGCCCCCUUCACUAUACCACCGUCAUGAGUCGAAGGUUAUGCUGUUUUUUGGUAGCUGCUUCCUGGACUGGGGGAUUUGUGCACUCCAUUGUUCAGACAAUUCUCACUAACCAUCUGCCUUUUUGUGGGCCAAAGCAGGUGGACAACUUCUUUUGUGAUGUUCCUUCUGUCAUCAAACUUGCCUGUGCAGACACCUUUGUCAUUGAAUUACUAAUGGUGUCUAACAGUGGGUUGAUCUCUACCAGCUCCUUUGUGGUUCUGAUUUCUUCUUAUACCACUAUCCUGGUCAAGAUUCGAUCCAAGGAGGGGAGACAAAAGGCACUCUCCACCUGUGCCUCCCAUCUCAUGGUGGUAACACUCUUUUUUGGACCCUGUAUUUUCAUCUACGCUUGGCCUUUUUCCACUUUCUCUGUGGACAAGUUGGUGUCUGUGCUCUACAAUGUUGUUACCCCCAUGCUGAAUCCACUCAUCUACACACUACGGAACAAAAAUGUCAAAUCAGCCAUGUGGAAGCUGUGGGACAGGAGUGGACUUACUAAGAAAAAACAAGAGACAUAAGAAGUUGAAGGGAGUUUUUUGAAGGUAGAGAACCUGAGGUUGGAAUAAUGACUUUUGAAUAGUCAUUUGAAUGACUAAUGAAUUAGGAGAUGGUAGGCUAGUUUUAUUUUCUUUUAUUAAAUAAUAAUCAUAGUUCUAGCUACAUGAAUUAAAUGUGAAUUAUAACUUAGAAAAAGUUCUGUCAAACCAAAUUAUUCUGUCUUCAGCUUUCUUUUAUUUUUUGAAGUAAAUCUGCUUACUAUUUUUUCUAUCCAUUUGUGUUCGCCCAUGGUAUCCAUUCAUCUGACCAAGUUUUAUUCCAUUCAGUUUGCCAUUGCAUAGUGUACAAACCACUCUUUCGAGCUCUCAUGUCAUCUUCUUCUCUACCUUGACAUAGGUUCUAUUUUUUUUAUCAGGUGCAUCUUAUUCUAACUAAAUGUUUGCAGUUAAUUGAUAAGGAAUUUACAUGUAUUUCUUACUGUCAUAAACAUUUAAAGAGAUAUCAGUUAAACGAAUUAGAAUUCAUUAGAUUUAAAUGACUGCCUGACAAUAAACAAAUGAGAUAUAUUAGCUUUCUCACGUCAC